ACUGUGGUUCUCUGACUGCUGCAAGCUGGCGGACUCAAAACAAACCCCAAACUGACCUCCGGUGCUCAUGUGGUUCCGUUGUAGUUCAUGAUGGAUCUUCCGUGUCCCCAGUGGCAAGAUCACGUUGCACAGAAAUGGACCGGACUCGACCCCGAGCUAAAGGAUCAUUUUACAUCCCUGCUUGAAAUAGAUGAUGUUUUUAAAUGUAGCCUAACCCUGACAACCCAAGAUGAUCUGGACUUUGUGCAGUCAAUCUCUGCGGGAUACUCUGUACAGAAGGACGCAGAGGAAGCAGCCAAAUGCAGGGAGAGGGGCAACUCUAGCUUCAAGACCAGAGACUACACUGCAGCCGCUCUGCACUACUCACAGGGCAUAUGUUUUGCUCCCCAAAGUUCGGAGCAGCUGUCCUUGUGCUAUGCCAACCGCUCUGCUGCGCUCUACCAUCUGCAGCACUACCAGGUGAGAAGGCGCCAUCUUCAGCAAUUAAAUAAUGAGGAAUCCCUUGAUGACAUUGACAAAGCUUUAAAGAACGGCUAUCCCUCUCAUCUUUCUCACAAACUAGAGGACCGUCGCACACAGUGCCUAAAGCACCUGUUUGUAUGUCAAAAGGUAAAAGAGGAUCAUCACAAACCUGCCUCAAAGAAUCAUAGAAGUCCAGACAGAGUAAAAAAAUCUGUUGGACCUCUCAUGUUUGGGAUUUGUCCUCAAGCUGCUGUUGGCUUCAACCUGGAGAAAGGUCGACAUCUGGUGGCUGCAGAGAGAAUAACAGCUGGGGAGGUGAUCCUCAAUGACAGGCCAUACAGCUGUGUCCUUAUACCAGGGAUGGAGGAGGUGAAAGGGAAGGGAGGAAGGCAGGACACAGAGAGAGCAUUGUUGUUUGGAGUGGAGCACAUGCGCUGUCAUAGGUGUUUGACUGAAACGCUGUGUCCUGUGCCGUGUGAGGGGUGCAGUUACAGCCGAUACUGCUCAACUUCCUGUCAGCGAGAUGCCUGGGAAGAACAUCACUGCUGGGAGUGUCCACUGGGAGCAGAUCUGAUGGUGAUGGGUGUGAUGUCACAGCUUGCUCUGAGGGUAACACUAAAGGCGGGGUUAAAAAACAUCCAAAUGGCCAGGGAUCCAAUCAGAGACAAGAACGCAAAGUUAGAGCCAAGCUGUCGAAACAGAGAGUCCAGUGAUUCCUAUCCAUGUCAUUCAAAUCAACCUGAUCCUUCUACUUCAUACUCUGGUGACUCUUACCUGAGUGUGUUUCACCUACUGCACUGCCUGAAUCGCCACAGCCCCGGGCUGCGUUUCCUGUGUGCAGUUACUGUAGCAACACUCUACCUAAAGCUCAGCAAGGCAGGACCUCCACCUGCAUCUUGGGUCCUCAGUAGACCCUCAGAGGCAAACAGCCAAUUGCCAGACGAGGAGGGAGGUAUCGCAGAUUGGAGCUCAGAGCUGUGGCUGCUGGGAAGUGCAGUUCUGAGGCACAUUCUGCAGCUGAAGUGUAACGCCCAGGCAAUCCUCAUGCUGCAAAAUACAGGAGCAGCAAACUCGCCAGUGCAGUCCAGCAGGGAAAUUCGCAUUGCUACGGCAAUAUUCCCAACUCUUAGUAUUCUGAAUCACUCCUGCUGUCCCAACACCAGCCUGGUGUUCAGCACUGGAACCAGUUCAGAUCUGUCUGCAGACCUCAGUAAGAGUGUAGCUGAGUAUACAAGCACAGCCCGCGGAGUCACUGCAACUGUCAGAGCAGCUAAAGUUAUCACUCCUGGACAGGAGAUCCAGCACUGCUACGGUCCUCACAGCAGUAGGAUGGCGACCCAAGAACGCCAGCGCCUCCUGCAAGAACAGUACUAUUUCCUGUGUCAGUGUGAGGCCUGCACUCUGCAGGAGAAGGAGGAGGGCGCAAAAGGCAGACAGCACUUGUCGGGUGCUGGAGGCAGUCCACAAGAGUCUGGACUUUUGUGUGGCAAGUGCAAAGGAUCUCUCAAAAAAAGCAGUGAGGAGAGAGGAACAGGAUUUGUAUGUUCGCAAUCAUCCUGUGGUCAUCGUAUGUCUUCAUCUGAAGUGAGACACAGGCUGCAGGAGCUCAGGGUCGACCUGGACAAGGCUGUGGACCUCAUGGAGAGAGAGAGGCCAGAUGAGGCUCUGAGACUGCUGAGAAGGACUCAGUGUCAGUCUGGACUGAUCCUUGCAGAGACACACUCACUACAAGGGGAACUAGCAGAUGCCAUGGCCAGAGCAUAUGCUACAAUGGGUGACUGGAACAAUGCAGCCUCCCAUCUGGAGCGAAGCGCUGUAGCUAUUGGCUCCCAGUACGGAGAAGAUAGUAUUGAAUUGGGUCGACAGCUCUUCAAAUUAACUCAGCUACACUUCAAUGGUGGUGCCAGAGGCCCAACUCUCUCUGUCAUCCCCAAAGUCAGACAACUCCUCUGCCUGCACUGUGGCCCACGCUGUCAUGAACUACAGGAGCUGCAAGCUAUGGAGGACUGUCUCCGAGAGUAGUCUUACUUAUACACAAGAGCAAAGAUCUUUACAAUAUAAUUGAAGUUUUGUGAUUAAAAUCUGUGAAAUGUUC